AUGUAUCUGCUUCUAUCUAUCUUUUCUAUCUAUCUAUCUAUCUAUCUAUCUAUCUAUCUAUCUAUCUAUCUAUCUAUCUAUCUAUCUAUCUCUCUAUCUGCUUCAAACUUUUCAUAUCUAUCUAUCUAUCUAUCUAUCUAUCUAUCUAUCUAUCUAUCUGCUUCAAACACUUUUCAUAUCUAUCUAUCUAUCUGCUUCAAACCUUUCAUAUCUAUCUAUCUAUCUAUCUAUCUAUUUUUCUGCUUCAAACUUUUCAUAUCUAUCUAUCUAUCUAUCUAUCUAUCUAUAUAUCCAUCUAUCUAUCUGCUUCAAACUUUUUCUUAUCUAUCUAUCUAUCUAAUCAUCUAUCUAUCUGCUUCUUUUCAAAUAUAUCUAUCCUAUCUAUCUAUCUGCUCUAACUUUUCAUAUCUAUCUAUCUAUCUGCUUCAAACUUUUCAUAUCUAUCUAUCUAUCUAUCUAUCUAUCUAUCUCUCUAUCUUUCAAAUCUUUUCAUAUCUAUCUAUCUAUCUAUCUUCUAAAAUUUCUAUCUAUCUAUCUAUCUAUCUAUCUAUCUAUCUAUCUAUCUAUCUAUCUAUCUGCUUCAUACUCAUUCAUAUAUCUAUCUAUCUAUCUGCUUCAAACCUUCAUAUCUAUCUAUCUAUCUAUCUAUCUGCUAUCUAUCAAAUCUUUCAUAUCUAUCUAUCUAUCUCUAUCUUUCAUAUCUAUCUAUCUAUCUAUCUAUCUAUCUAUCUAUCUAUCUAUCUUCUUCAAACUUUUCAACCUCUAUCUAUCUAA